AUGGAGCCGCCAGCUGCAGCGUGGGUACCUUUGGACCUUCAACGGUCGAACUGGACCAUGGAAUAUGCAGGAUGGGCUCCUGGCUACCCUGUGGAGUCAGAGUCCACUGAGACAUUUGAUAGAAGCUGGCUCCAAACAUCUAGCGGACGGCAGAUGGUUGAGCAUGCUGCAGCCACAGAUGAGGAUUCCAUUGACAAAGCAGCACAAGAGUUUGAGGCUUAUUUUCAAAAUAUGGGAGUGAAGGUCCCAAUCAAUCCGAUUCAUGUGUUUGAGGAUGCAGCACGUGAGUUCAAGGUUGAUAUCGACAUGAUGAAGAUGAAGAUCCAUAUGUACCCUCCAAGCAUCAAAGAUUUUGAUAACAAAUUCUUUACCGUCCCGAGGUUGGUGGCCAUUGGGCCUUACCACCAUGGCCAGAACCAGCUCAAGCAGGCGGAGAAAGCGAAGUAUGUGGCUGCCUACCACUGCAUCAUGGAGUCGGGCCACUCAGUACAAGACAUGUAUGAUGCCGUUGUCUCCGCCGCAUAUGAUGCCCACAGCCUAUACGACAAGGAUGUGAUGGCAGGCAUCAGCGAAGACGACUUCCUUCAUAUGAUGUUCUAUGAUGCUUGUUUCUUGGUGCAGUACUUUGCUUGUACCACGGAUGGUUGUGGCACCAUGGACCCAUCGUUGCGUGGCUUCUUCGACUUCAACCGCAAGGCAAUCCGCCAUGACAUCGUGCUGCUCCAGAACCAGAUCCCCUGGUGUGUGGUAGAGGCUGUCUUGAGGUUCAGGCCCGUGGAUUUGAAGGCCUUCGUCGCGUUCUGGAAACAGUACCUGCAGGACCGCCAGGUUCUCGGCGAAAAGCCUCUUGUGUUGGAUGAUAGCUUCGAGCCACCGCAUCUCCUCGGCCUCCUUCGGUUCUACAUUGUGGGAAAAGGCAACACCAAGCCACCCAUUCAAGUGAAAACCAAGAUGAUAUCAUUUUCUGUGAGUGCCAUUGAACUAGCUGAAAACGGCAUCAAGCUCAAAGCCAAUGAAGAAACAACGGAGCUCAUCCACAUGGGCGUCAACAAGAGAGGGAUCUUCGCCGAGCUCUCCAUGGCGCCGCUGUCGCUGGACGACGAACGUGCCAGCUUCCUCAUCAACAUGGCGGCUCUCGAGCUGUGCACGACCUCCAAUUUCCAGGAUGCUGAGCCCGAAGACUCUGCCGUCUGCUCGUACCUUCUCCUCCUCUCCCUGCUUGUUCAUAGGGAGGAGGACGUGCAGGAGCUGCGGACAAAGCAUCUCCUGCAAGGAGGAGCAGGGCUGAUCAACAAGGACGCUCUUGCAUUCUUCACGAGACUUCAGAGCCUGCCCCUACGUGGAUCCAACUGCUAUGUCCGCAUCAUGAUGGAGAUUGAGAAGUACAAGGUCAAUAGGCGGAUGCAGAUCAAGGUCCAAGCGUUUUUUUACAAGAACAAGAGAACCAUCUUCGCAAUAUUCUCCGUAGUUGGUGUACUUGUCAGUAUCUUAGGCACACUCAUGUCUCUCAAAAAGCGUUCUACGGUUUAG